AUGUCGAACGAUAGCUCAGAGCCAACUAUUGUCCAGCAGGAUGAUGAGCCACAGACCAAGCCCGAGAGGUCCACGACAGCAACCGACGAGAGCACUUCUUACCCCAAUUCCGACACGAUCAAAAUCCCCGGCGACAUGGCCGAGCUCUGGCUGAAAGCCUCAACCCCGAAUACAAAAGAUCCGGUCGUGGAUGGUGGGAUUAUUGCAGUAAGGCGUUUGGCUGGCGGCGAUGGUCACGUAAACUUCAACUACCUGUUGGGAACCGAGCCACCGACCUGGUAUUGGCCAAAGCGUGUCAGCGUGCAGGCAAGAGAGGACUGGAGAGCGCUCCACACCGUAGGGUCAGUGAAACUCCUAAACCUUGUGAUCAAGAGCCGCUUGGAUAUAUUCGACGCGUUUCUGGUUGUGGACGGUAAUCCACAGGUGGAUCCGCUUCAUGCUGUUGGUCAAACGUGGCCGAAGGAACAGGUAGGGAAGACUCGAAGCUUCACAUCUCUUCGCCGAAAAGACAAGACAACGACCGAAGAAGCUGAAAGUGCUGCCGGAAGUGAGACCGUCAAAACGACAAAAGGCAAAGCUGCAAGCACCAGCGCGGUCCCAAAAGCGAAACCAAACUCUUCCAUCGGCCCGCACAGGGAGUCUGGCACGAUAUCUGCGAAACAGAUGCUUGAAGCUAUCUUGGUCCGAGCAGCCAAGCGUCCCAGCUGGUGGUCGGCCAAGAAUCUGAGAGAUUACAGCUUCUAUGAGGAAGAGCACUACGAUAUGGCUCGGGCAGUGGGCCUAGAAACACCUUUCAAGGUGCAUGACCGAGUCGGGUUUCCCACGGAAUGGGAGAUGGAAUACAUUGGUAUCUUACUGCGCUUUGUGGGAGAGAUUGAUCCAUCAUCUCCUGUCUCGAGACCAAGAAGCAAUGAUGAGCCCUGGGAGAGGGCGUUCCUGCCAUCGAAAGCACAUGAGCAACGACCUCCAGUAAACCCAACAAAAACAUUCAAGGUUCUGUGGAAACAACUUGAGAAAAUGAGCGUCGAAGAUUUGCUCGAUACUCCUCAGGAAGACCGGGAAGAUAUCGUUUCACUGAUAGUGUACGAGGCACCACAUACACUGCACGACGAGAGUUGGGUCUUGCUUCUUGUGCUCACUCUUGUGACAAAAGAGCACAUCAUGCGCUGUCUCCAAUUAUCCAGUAUUACAGUUGGACGCGAAUGGUAUGACCGCUCUUGUGGGAAGCUCCUCCUUCAGCUUAAGGAAUCUUGGGUAAAGGACAUACCGCACCUGGAAAGUGUCGAUGUGCAUGCGAUGUGGCAAGCUUUGAAGCAGGACAUCCAAGAAGACGACGUGGAUCCUGAUGAUUUGUACGAGGAAGACAACUCUGGCGCAGAGAUGGAGCAGAUUUAG